CGCGGGGUGGCAGGGGACCCGCACAGCGCCUGACAGCUGCGCAGGAAUUGCCCUCCUGAGAUGGCUUUUGACAAUGCCGGAGACCAGGUCAGGAGCUGGGCCAGAGGCGACGCGGCCUGACUUUGGACCGGCUUCAGAUUCCCCCCUCACCGUGCCCAGCGGUGCGCGUGCAGCGACCCCUGCCCCGUGGUGCUUCCGGAGGGCCUCUCACGGACCACGGGGCAGUCGGCUGCCAAGUCCGGCUACGGAGCAGUGGCGGGCGCCUGGAGAAGCCCGGCUCCAGGCAAGAAUUGUUCCCUUUCCUGUUGUUCUGCAAGGUGCUGCCAAGCCUGAUCUCCAAAAGACUGUCCAAGGAGAGGGAAACCCUGAUGGAGGCCCCCACAGCUGUAAAAACUGCAUUUCCAGUGUGUGCUGGGCAGGCAGUGCAGACUGUGGGGCUGACUGCACAGCUGGAGGCUUCCGGGGCAGGAGGAUGCCUUGAAGAAGCUGUGCCUGUGCUCCUGCAAGGGUCCCCCCGAGCACCCAGGUCUCAGGACCUUGGUGAACAUGUGGACGCUGCACAGAGGCCUGGAGAGGGCCCCAGGGGACUGGGGACUGGUGAGAGAACUGGAGGGCACAGCCGUGGCCAGGGUGGUGUGUCCAGAGCAGACAGCACACUUAACUCAGGCCCGGGAACAGAUCAGCGAGGCCGCUGCAGAGGGGGGCCUUAUCAGUGUGACACCUGUGGCCGGAGCUUCAAAUGCCACUCAGAUGUGGUGAAGCACCAGAGCACCCAUUCUGGGGGCAAGCCCUACGAGUGCAGCGACUGCGGGAAGGCCUUCAUCCACAGCUCGCACGUGGUGCGGCACCAGAGGACUCACCACGGGGACAAGCCCUACGUGUGCCAGGAGUGCGGGAAGGCCUUCAGCCAGAGCUUCAACCUCCUCAGACACCAGAGGGUGCACACGGGCGAGAAGCCCUACCGGUGUCCCGAGUGCGGCAAGUCCUUCGGCCAGAGGUCGGACGCCGCCAAGCACCGGCGGAUCCACACUGGAGAGAAGCUGUACCCGUGCAGCGACUGCGGCAGGACCUUCGCGCACAGCUCCAACGUGGUGCGCCACCAGCGCACUCACCGCGGGGCGAGCCCGUACGCGUGCCCCGACUGCGGCCAGGCCUUCAGCCAGAGCUCCAACCUCCUCCAGCACCAGCGGGUCCACACGGGCGAGCGGCCCUACGCGUGCCCGGACUGCGGCCGCGCCUUCAGCCGCGCCUCCUUCCUCAGCGAGCACCGCCGCAUCCACACGGGCGAGAAGCCCCACGAGUGCGGCCAGUGCGGCCGCGCCUUCCGGGCGCUGUCCGGCUUCUUCCGGCACCAGAGGGUGCACACGGGCGAGAGGCCCUUCCGCUGCUCCGAGUGCGGCCGGGCCUUCCGCCUCAGCUUCCAUCUGAUCCAGCACCGGCGGGUGCACGAGGCCGAGGGAGCGCACGCACGCGGGGUGCGCAGGGUAGGGGCAGCACCUCUGGGGCCUCCCACACCGCAGGCCUGUUCACACUCUGUGCAGCCAGGGAGACAAUAAAGGUUUCUGCCUCUGAAAGCCUCCCUCUGUCUGCACCCGGCGGGAAAGGAGGGUAGGAAAGGCCGGUGUCGCUGAUGGGCACGGCAGGCUUUCCCAAGGUAGAGACUUGAGGGACCCUGGGCAGUGCUGGACUGUGCCAGCUUUGCUCUGUGGUCAGCAGGCCUCACCUGUGCCCUCAUAACUAACCUUCAUCUCAUUCUUCAAGGUGAAUGCAAAAAAGAUAUCAGGAGACUGCUUCUAAUAGACAACCAAGAAACAGAAUUUUUUAGAACGCAAAAGAAAAUAGGGGUAGUGUGGGAAAUAAGAAAAGGUGAACAAGAUUAUAAGUCAUAACCUUAGAGAAACUGCAAGGAAAGCCAGCUGUGGGUGAGGUCGACAGUUGCUUGAGCCCAGGAGUUUAAAAAGAAACUGUAGCAUUAAAUAACAACAGAAUAUUACUUUUAAAGGAAAAUUCAAAAAAGUAAAAGGAAAGAUAGAUAAUAAAAAAGUUAAGAUGAACAGACUCAGAUUUGUAAUAUGAAUAGUUUUUCACACUGCUCACUGCCUGUAGAAAGAUUGGAAUCCAAAGACCUCUUUUCAUUUUGAACCAUCUCAGUCCCUUUUCACUAAGACUGACACAAGUCCCUUAAAAAUAUUGUUGGUUGCCUAUGUAGAAAAUUACAGUCAACUUUAUUAGACAAAAAUGCACUUUAAGUUUUGAGUAAAUAUUUUCUCAAUUUUGUAUGGUGUGUUAGAAUGCUAUGGGACAGCAUUUUUCAAGUUUUUAGAAUCCCUCUUGUCUAGCUCAGGGAGUUUGUUCUAGAAAGUAUCUAAAACAUUUCUAAGGCCUUAUAAAAAGAGUGUCAUGGCACAACCUUGCGUCUUUGCCCUCAAGCUUUUUUUUUUUUUUUUUUUAAGAAUCUUGCUGACCAGGGACGAGAUGUGAAAUGGUGUUAUUUCUGGAACAGUGCCAACUCCAGUUCUGUCACGUACUCUGGUUGCAGACUGGACAGUUUCUUCUCUGGCUUCUUCACCCUUGAAGCCUGUGCACGUGGAGACCCUUUAACACUCUCCUUAUGCACACUGGUCUCCUGGCUUUCGAGUUGCUGGAAGCACUGUUUUCCAACACCUCUUUUUUGAGGGUAGUGGGGCAUGCUGGGGACUGGACUCGGGCACUGGACCCCUGAGCCACACCCCAGCCCUAUUUUGUAUUUUACUUAAAGACAGAGUCUCACUGAGUUGCUGAGUGCCUUGCUAUUGCUGAGGCCGGCUUUGAACUCAUGAUCCUCCUGCCUCGGCCUCCUGAGCCACUGGGAUCACAAGUAUAAUUAUUACUGCCCCUGGCUUCCCCCACCUCUUGCUCUCUGCUAGCAGAGUCCUGAUUUCCUGGACUCUGUCCCAUGCUGGGCUCAAGGUCAAUGCUGUAUGAGACUUGGUGCUGGUUUUUUCGCACCUAUCUUGGCUAUAAGGGAUCCACAGACUGAGUGACUAAUGCCACAGACAUUGAUUUCUCACGGUUCAGGGGCUGGAAAUCCAGGGUCAAGAUGCCAACAGAUUUUGUUCCUGGAGAUAGGUGCUUCCGGCUUGUGAGGCCCUCCCUGUGGCAUGCUUGUGGAGGGAAGCCCUGGAGUGCUGACUCUUCCCAUACAGCCCCAACCCCACCCCGCCCACCACCCUUCAAUCUCAUGAGCACCCAAAGGCCCUAGGACUCUGUGCCAUCACAUGGGGGAUUAGGACUUCAACAUGGGGAUCUGGGGGGCCACAACAGCACCCCAUUUUUUGGAACCUGUUUUAUGUUAACAUCUAGUGGCUCAUGGUGUUGGCGGCCCAUGCCUGGCAGGCUGAGGGGCGAGUGCAGUUACUGCAGCUGUGAGGUGAACCCAAAGGUGUGCGUGGGCUUGGAUCUCAGGAACAGCCUCCGAGGUGUGCAGUCCCUCGGGAGGAGGCCCGGCCUCUGCCCUGGAGCUCUCCACUCACCUGCAGCCCUGCCCACUGUCCUGGGCGGGCCCGAGCCAGGCAACCUGGAGAACAGAGCAGACUGGAAGUUCCCGGGUUAGUCUCAUCUGCACAGGAGGCAAGGGCUGCCUGACCUUCUGUGAGACCAGACUGAGACGCUGUCAGGCCAACUCACCGCUGGCCCCUUUCCCAGGCCCUGGUCCCACCUCCACCACCUGGGAACACCUGUCCCACAGCUGCGCUGUGGAUCCAAGCACAGGAAGGCCCUGCCCAUGAGGAGAGGCACCACAGGCCUCGGUCAGCACCGCUGGAGAGGCUGCUGCAGGCACCUGGGCAGGGGAACCCAGUCAGGCUGAUGUGACUCACUGUGCGAGGGCCUGGGGACACAAAGGAACUGCAGGGAGGACACACUAUGGAUUCAGAUCCUGACACUUAGAAAAUGGGGGCGCGGGGGCUGGGCUCCCACAGGAAGAACAGGCCUGGCACAGAGCAGCAUCAGGGGGCAGAGGGGAGCAGGGGGCAAGACGGCACUCCUGAGGCCCUGCCGGGCGGCCCCUGUGCACAGGAAGAGCCUGCUGGCCACGCUCCUGGCCCACUAGGCCCCCCAGCAGGGGACAGGGAGUGGCAGGAGGUCUCUGAUGGUCUGAGAAUGGACGGGUCAAGACAUUUGGAAAGAGCUUUUCUGGCUGUUUCUGCAGAGAAGGGACUGGGCAAGGUUGGGGCCAGGACUCCCGGGAAGGUGGUGGGCCUGAGAGCACCCGGGAAGGAUGGAGAGCUGUGGCCACUGAAUGUGUGAGCCGUGGGGAAGGGGAGGGCAGGCAGGGAAGGACCCAAGACACAGGGCAGAUAUCAGUGAGGUGGACACUGCCAGCCUCAGGGAUCCCACCUGGACGAGAGCAACUGGAUUGACCUCUGACAGAGUGGCCAGAAUCUGGAAGCCAAGAGGGUGUCGCAUGUACAAGACAGGACAGAGAACAUCUGGAAGAGAAGAGCCCUGCCGGUCCCACAGGCUCUCAGGGCUGAAUGGAGACAGCGCCACUUACCUCACAGGGGCAGGUGUUAAAUGCCCUCUCCACCUUGGCACUCCUGGCAGGAUGGGUAUGAGGACCGACAGCGCUUCCUUCAGCAACCCGGGAGUCACCCCGCGAGGGGAGCCACUCCAAACACAGGCAACUUUAAGUCCCCAGGCACCAGGGGAUCUGAAAGAUCACUGUUGUGCAUGACUGUGACUCGGGCUUUUCCCUCCCUCAGAUAACAAGGCGUGGUCCUAGGAGGGGGGAGCCACACUCACCCCCAGUUCCCUUGUAAUCCUACCCUGACCCUUUUGGGGAUAGAAUGUUCCAUGGAACCUCCCCUGGUGUGUCCCCUAUAUAAGAAUAAAGAUUUCUGAUGGUGCUGUCUUUCCAAGGACCUUAA